AUGGACAUUCUGAGUAGGCUACCAGUAAAGUCAGUUGUUCGUUUCAAUUGCGUUUCAAAAUUUUGGAAUACAUUAAUCUCUCAACCUUAUUUUAGAAAGAUACAUCUCAAUCGCGCCAGUUCCCAAAAAUUGCUUUCUCUCCACUACCAUCGUAAGUAUGAAGAUGAUAAUCGUCUUCACUUCUACACGUCUUCUUUAUCCUUGGUUCAACUCGUUAAGGAUACCCGCGUAGUUGAUUGCCCUCCAAAUUCUAAUCCAUCACAUGGUUCACACGUCUAUUGUAGCUGUGAUGGCUUGUUUCUCAUUGGAAUCUGGAAUGACCGUUAUGCUCAACAACCUUCAACAUUAUUGAUAUGGAAUCCUUCCACAAGAGAAUCUAUACUACUUCCCCAUUCUAAAUAUUACUCGAGUAGUGAUUCCAAAUAUUACUCGAGUAGUGAUUAUGAAGACAGUGGUAAUUAUGAUGACAGUGGUGAUGGUGAUUAUGAAGACAUUAGUGACAUUAGUGAUUUUGAAGACAGUGAUGAUUAUGAUGAUCUCCGCUCUACUUACGGAUUGGCUUAUGACUCUAUUAGUGAUGACUAUAAAGUCUUUAGAAUGGUCCUGCCUUUUCAUGGCAAAAAAGAAAACGAAAUUUUCGCACUGAAAAAAGGUUCAUGGAGAAUUAGUGAAGAAACAGGUAUACGGAGAGAUACCAUUGCCAGAGAUUGUGUGUUAUCUUGCCCUGUAUAA